AUGACAGGCGCCAUGACAGAGACCUCUGCAGGUGCAAAUGAACCCCAUCCAUCUACCAAACCAGAAGAUCUCACAGAGGCCGAGCAAAAAAAGCUCAAGUCCGAACUCGCUAAAUUGGAAGCUGAAAUUGUAACCCUACGCCAUGCGCUGGCAGACAAAGAAAGACACUGCGUUGAGCUCAAGAGGAAGCUGGGCCUCACAGCCUUGGUGGGGCUGAAGCAGAAUCUGUCUAAGAGCUGGCACGAGGUUCAGGUCUCCAACGCCUACAUGAAACAAAAGACGUCAGCUGCACUGUCCACCAUGGGCUCGGCCCUCUGCAAGAAGCUUGGAGACAUGAAGAAGUCAUCCACAUUCAGAUCCUUUGAAGGUCUGGUGGGGACAAUCAAGUCCAGAGUUGCAGGUGGCAGAGAGCUUGA